CGUAUUUUGUCCCAUCCAAGUGAAACAAAAAAAGGAUGGAGGUUGAGAGAGUGCAAGCCGUGGCCUCUGGUGCUGAUCUCAAUGAGUUUCCGGCGAAAUUCAUCCGGCCAGCCCAUGAGCGGCCGGAGAAUACCAAGCCCCUUGAAGGGGUGAGCGUGCCGGUCAUCUCCUUAGCGGAGUCUCACGAUGUUUUGGUGAAGGAAAUCUACAAGGCUUGUAGCGAGUGGGGAUUUUUCCUUCUUAAGGAUCAUGGUAUAUCUCCAGGGUUGAUAGAAAAGUUGCAGGAGGUUGGGAUAGAAUUCUUUAAGCAGCCACAGGAGGAGAAGGAGAAGUAUGCAAAUGAUCCUUCAGCUGGUAAGUUUGAAGGGUAUGGAACCAAGAUGACUAAGAACCUUGAUGAGAAGGUUGAGUGGGUUGAUUAUUUUUUCCAUCUCAUGUCUCCUCCUUCUAAUGUUAACCAUCAGAUCUGGCCCCAAAUCCCUUCUUCCUACAGGGAAGUCACAGAAGUAUACAACAAGGAACUACUAAAAGUAACAGAUACGCUACUGGAGCUGCUCUCAGAGGGGCUCGGUUUGGAAGGGAAGGUCCUGAAAUCACACGUGGGUGGUGAUGAAAUUGAACUUGAAAUGAAAAUCAACAUGUACCCACCAUGCCCACAGCCUCAACUGGCGCUCGGAGUUGAACCUCACACCGACAUGUCCGCCCUCACCCUACUCGUGCCCAAUGAUGUUCCAGGCCUUCAAGUCUGGAAAGACGAUAAUUGGGUUGUCGUCGAUUACUUGCCAAAUGCCCUCUUUGUCCAUGUCGGUGAUCAAAUUGAGGUGCUGAGCAAUGGGAAGUACAAGAGUGUUCUCCACAGGAGUACAGUGAACAAGGAACGAACCCGCAUGUCAUGGGCUGUGUUUUGCGCACCUCCCCAUAAGGCAAUGAUCGGACCUCUUCCAGAGCUCGUGGAUGAACAAAACCCUGCCAAGUAUUCAACCAAAACCUUUGCUGAGUACCGCUACCGCAAAUUCAAUAAGCUUCCACAAUAAGACCAAUAUUUUUCCAUAAUAAGCAUUUCUGCACUAUAUCCAGAGAUGAGCUUCUAAAGAUGUAGACCUUCGGAUCAAACUUUGUAUUGCUCUUUGUUUCAGCUGCCGCUGGAAUUUUCAAUUUGUUGCCCUUCAUUUUGGAUUAUUGUUGUUGUUGAAGCGGCAAAAGUGCUCCAAUGUAUUAUUUUCCAGACAUCAUUGAUAUUUCAAUUAUAGUGGA